GCUUCCAACACGCCAUAACACAAAAUGUAAUUGCUUUUGGUAGGUUAUUUGGAAAUGUUUAACGGAAAUUACCAAUCACGAGUCAUAUAUAAUUUAAUAAAUAAAUUAUAGUAAGCAAGUAUUUUGAAAUAUAUCUUUUAAGAAAAAUAAUAUUCUUAAUCGAUGGUUGUAAAUCCUUAGAAGAAUAUGGACAAUAUUUUAAAGGAAAUUAUAUAAAAAAAUUUAAUGACUGUUAAUGUAUUUGUCUUAUGAAUUAAUAUGUAUAUGUAUACAUACAUAUUCAUGAAAAUCAUGAUGUCUCCAAAUAAUGAAAAAUACGAUUUACAUUUAAUGAAAUAUGUCAAUAAGAGUACAGAACUAAAGAUUAUUAGAGGUACUUUAAAUACAAAAACUAAUACGUUACGACUUAAAAAAGAAAUACUCAAAGAAAGAUAUAAAGACUUGGAUAAUAUAAAUUGCAAAGUAUGGGUUACAGAAGAUGAAUUUUGUAACGAAAUUUGGAAUUUUUCUUUAAGGCAUAAUUUUAAUUCUAUUUUUAAUCAAAAUUGUCAUAUUACAAAAGUAGACGAACUUCACAAAUGUAAAUAUAACACUGUGAUUGGUGAAAAUUUAAACAAAGUUGAUAUGUGUAAUAAAGUAUUAAAAUUAAAAAAUGAAAUUGAUAUUACCAAUAAGGAAAUAAUACUCAUUCGUAACAAAAAUACAGAAACCGAUUUAAAAUAUUAUGAAUCUACUUUAGAUGAUCUAAAAUCUUUUUCGGAAGAGAUAUUACAACUUAUAAGGGAAAAAUGUAUACAAUACAAUGAUAAAUCGGAAAUUAGGUACAAGUAUGAUGAAAGAAUUUACGAGUGCAAGAAAAUUGUUCCAAAAAUCUAAUUUUUGCGGUAGUGCUUUGACUGAAAAUAUUGUUUCUCCAUCUAAAAUUAUUGAAGAAUCUAAAGAAUCUAAAGUAUAUAAUAUAGCUAUUACUUAUUAUAUGAAAUUAUAUUUUUCAUUGUAUCAUAUUUAAAAUUGCAGUGUGAUAACAUUAAACAUAAUGUAAAGUUCGGAAGAUUUAUUAUGAAAACACGAAGUCUUAUUUCUCUCAAAUAUGAAAAAAAAAAAAAUGUAAGAAAUUCAGGAUGAGAGAAAUGAAUUAAUGUAUUCGUAGAAGUAUUUCAUUUCGUAAAAAUAAUAUAGUGUAAUUGCAAUAUUGCGGAAAUUACUAAUAUAUAUAAUAAAGUAUUUUAUAAGUUAA